AUGGACACAACUCCCGUUGUAGAGAAAUCGAUCGUUAUCUCCCACAAUGGCGGGCGUGGCCGUGGUAGAGGGCGAGGACGUGGGCUUGGAAGCGGUAGAGGUGGAUACUCUGGCGACUCGCGUCGACAAUCCGAUGAGCCAGAAGCUCCCAGGGUACUCCAUCCUCUCCAAAACCACCUCCGAAAACCCUUCUUCGAUACGCGUCGCGAUUGGGGGGAGCAAUGGCAGGAGUGGGAUGUUUUGUUUUAUGAAGAAAGAGAACGACUGAGAAAGGAAUGGCUGAAGGAACAGCGGGACUCGAGACUGGAGAGCGAGGGAUUAGUCGUUCGCGAUGAAGAUCGUGCCGAAUUGACAGAAACUUCCAACAAGGGCACUGCGUCAAGCGUAACGUCGAUUCCAGUGGAAGGAGACGCGAGCGAUGCCCCGUCUCGUCCUCACCGCGUUGCAUUGGACGUAUACCAAACACAGAAGACUCCUUUCUUUGAUCUUCUGCACUUUGCAGCGUCCGACUUCAAAAGGAAUCGACCAUGGCCACCGAUCAAUCCCAAUCUCAAAUACGCCGAUCCAGAAGGAGCUGAGGACAAAGUUCUGCUUGGUUGGAUCUGGGACCAGUUCCGCCUUUACUUUGCGCUACUGGGUUCAACUCCCGUUUGGAAUUGGAUUGAACCCGGUUCCGAAAGUACCGAGGAUGUGCAGGAUCGUACUCAAGAGCCCUCUCGCUGGGGAGGCAUUUCCGACGAUGAAGAUGAAGUCAAAGUGUUGCCGGACGUUAAUAACAAGCCACUCCAGCCCCGUCGUCCCUACGCCCUUCUCAACUAUGUGCCGUUCACGAUCACCGAGCAGGCUCAGCUCGACGCCCUUCUUGCCCUUUCGCGUUUUCAAAAGGCCUGUCGCUUGUUCCGAAGCGUCUUUGACAUCGAGAAGAGCGUGAAAAUAUUUCUUAGCUCAUAUGCGUACGAAAAUGAGUUGGCGGCGUCGCGGUGUGUUGUCGGGAAUGGGAAGAUUGGGAAAGUGGUCAAGAGCUGGUUGAGGUUUCUGCUAGAAGGUGCUGGGGUUACAGACGAAGCCACGGAAGAAGGGCAGGCGGACCUACCAACAAUCGUCACGGACGAGCAGCGCGUACCCAUCCCAACUAUCCCGCCCAUCUUGGACGACCUGACAAUGCUCAAGAGCCUCAAUAGUCAGCGAUUACUCGACACGUUCCACGCCUUGGUUGCUGAAAUGAAGGCUGUUCCCGGUCAGAUCACACCGGAGGACUCUUCACAGCCGCCCUAUGUCGUCCUACCCCUCAGGUCGGCUGUUCGUCGUGCGAUUGACGUGGCUGAUCAGUCUGUGUUCGAACUUGUGGUACCGCACGCAGCCAAAACGGUGUUCCCGGGUAAACUGGGUGGGUGGUGCGCUGAGAAGUGGGGUUUGGCGAAAUGGAACGAGAGGCAAGACGAGCUUGGAGAUGGGGAGUUGGCAACGAAGGAAUCCCUCGACUUUCGGCAGGAGGGGUUGGAGGAAGGGUCAACGUGUCAUGCGGUCUACUUUGGACCUAUUCCACCUCCCGGUUUCGAAGUGAACCAACACAAUAUCACUGUCAAGAUUGUGAAAGAGGAUGAUGAUCUUCCGAACGAAGCUGACCUGGUUGAAGAGGUCUUCGACCGAGAAACAGACAGCAAUGAAUCAGUUCGCUCGGUCGUUUCAGCCCAGUCAUCCGACUCCGACCGCCCUUCUGAAGACAUCACGUCGUCCCCACCCACAUCCGUGAGCCUCACAUCGCCUGGCGCGGAGGAAUGGCUCUCAACACCCUACUCCAUCCCUGAUGAGGUCGAAGGAUUGUUGUCGCGCGAUGGAGGGGGCGUAAGAGUGAAACAGAGAAACGCCAGGAGGAUUGCGAAGAUCGAGCGAGGCGACUAUCGACACCAGAUGCCGGACGGUUCAGGAACUGCGAGGGACGUGUUGGUAGGUCGAUACGCACGCAUCGUCCUUGAGCCAUGGUUGGACUGGAAGCACAACUCCUUCCAAGACAUCGUGGGCGGUGGACGGUUGGAGGUGGACGGAAUUGAAGUUGAAGAACUUGGAGAAGUUGAUCUGAGGUUGGAGGAUAUCGUGAUCCUUGUCGAGGAGAAUGUUUUGGACGUGUCUGGUCUUCGAGAGGGGAUGGGGAUGAUGGGAACGUGGGGCAAGCUUGAAGUUGAGUUGGGCGACACUUCGGGUGGAAAACAAGAUAACGAAGUGGCCCAGCCCCUCCACUUUUGGUACGUUGAGCGGCUGGAUAUGGCUACUCCCAGUUACUGGGUGAACAAUGAUCGAAACGACGAUGAUGUUUGA